AUGGAGGGCCACACGGAGUACGAGUUCAAGGAUAACCUAAUCAUAAAUAUUAUCAGGACGAACGACGUGAAUAGGCGCUUCUACAGCUACACGGAGUACGUGCUCGAGUUCAAAGCGCUGAACAGCCAGAAGGUGCUGAAGAAGAGAUUUUCAGAAUUCGUCACUUUUUACGAGCAGCUGAAAAAUGAAUUAUUGGACAAGUUUAGCGAGUAUUUGGAGAAGAUCUCCGUUUUGCCGUCAAAGAAGGUGUUCGGCCGACUGAAUUACAAUUUUGUGGAGGAGAGGAGACAUCAGCUGGAGCUGUUCCUGAAACGCAUUUCGAACCACAAGAACGUGUACCUGUGCGAUCGGUUCUACGACUUCCUCUGCCUAGAUAACACCACCAAGUGCCUGUUCAAGCUUAUGUGUACCCAAAUGACAGACCUAGUCAAUCUGCAAAAAUUACUGAAGAAAAUCAACUACAUAUUAUUCCUGUCCAGGAGCAACACGUUGAAGAGUGCCGAGUGUGAUAUAAUUAAUUUCCUGUUUCAUCUGAAGAAGAACCUCCAGCUGAAUAACGAAAUCAAGUUUUUUAUUCUCAAUAUUUUUCUUCAUCACUUGACCUACACCAAGACACCUGAGAACCUCCUUAACGUCCCUCUUAUGAAAUUUGCCUUCGAGAUUAUAUACGACAAUUUGUGCGGUGACAACAUCAACGAGGUGUUGCUGAAGACCGCCUCGGAAACGAUCCUAAGAAUAGUGGAUAAAAAAAAUGACGUAUUCCUGGAGUACUUACAAGUGUAUAAUUUUAAGGAAAUAUUUUCCAUUUUUAGCAUCCUGAGUAGGAGAAAAAGAAAGAAGGAGAGUAAAUCGGAUAACAUAACCUUCAACGUGUAUAUUCUGAUGUCGUUGUUGCUACUGUCAUCUAUCCAUCUCAACGCUAUUCAAAAUUACUUCACCGUAAAAAAUAAGUCCAACAAAGGAAUUACAAUCCUCGGUUAUAUGUAUGACAGUAAUAAUAUUAACGUUCAGGUGAUAUGUUGCAUUAUUUUGUCUCUCUUACUGAUGAAUAAUAAAAUUAACGACGAGGAGGUGGUGCAGAAGACCAAGAUGUCCAUCCUGUUGAUACAGAAGGAGAUCCAAAAUUUGAAGGACGUGGAUUAUCAGCUUAUUGAAAUUAUUUGCAGUAAAAAAAAUAUCAGUUUGCUGAACAGCAUUUUGGUGUCCCUUUUGAGGGAGAAGACGGUCGUCCGCCAGAUCGGCCUGGGAGGGGGCCUUGGCGGCGUUGGCGGUGUUGGCGGUGUUGGCGGUGUUGGCAGUGUUAGCGGUGUUGGCAGUGUUAGCGGUGUUGGCUAUGCUGACGAUGCUGGCUACGCUGACGAUGCUGACGAUGCUGGCUACGCUGGCUGUGCAGACCAUGCUGGCUACGCUGACGAUGCCGCCCGCGGGGGCGACCCCCUGGAGAAGGACCCCUUCUACGAGCAAAAGGUGAAGCACGCGGAUUUCUCAAACAACGACAUCAUUCUGCAGUUCAUCCUGUUUAUAAUAAAUAUUGGGGUCAGCGAAUUUUUUCUCCUAAAGAGGAACUACAAGCACAGGAUGAGGAUAAAGGAACUAAAGUUAAAACUGAAGAAGCAGCAGCUGAGGGUGGAGAGGCUGCGCAGGAGGAGGGAGAAGAAGGAGCGUGCCAUGCUUAUGCUUAAGGAUAAGGGGAAUACUGGUGUGCGUCGACCUCAAGGAGAUACUACUACGAAGGUUGCAGAGUCUUCCCACCAACGUGAGGAACAAAGGGAAGAGACUCAGCGGGUUUACAACUACGACAUUGAGAGUGUGGACGAGGACUGUGUGUACAAGCGGGAGUACGUUCCGUAUGAUUAUCCCGCAGGGAGGGAUGCAUCCCCAAGGAAAGGAAGGAGACGAAGGAAAAGACGAGGUGCUAACACGGGGAGGGAUAUAAACCACCAGGGAUUCACUUCUGGGAGGAGCGAGCAGGGGGGCACGGAUGGGGUGAGUGACCUCGAGGGGGAAAACGACGAGGAACCGAGUGAAGGGGAUGACUUGGACGUGGAUGGCGAUGAGGAUGAUGGUGACACAGAUGGGACGCUCGGUACGGACGAGACGGAUGGCUCAGAUAGCAACGAUGGCAUGGAUGACACUCUCCGUGGUGAGGGGGACGACGCAGGGCAUCGGUUAGGGCGGGAGCACACGCAGGCGAGAAGGGGACCCGCGGAGAAGGGCGAGGCGGAGGACACGGCCUCCACGGCCAGCUCGUGCGUCUCGUCGUUGUAUUCGUUUUCGAGCGAUUGGAGUAGUGGCGGCGAGAAGGAGGACGGCCCGGGCGAGAGCCCCGUGGGGGAGAAGCACGUGGGGGACAAGCGCGUGGGGGGAGAGAGGCGGGUGCCCCCAAUCGACGUCGGCAUGAACGCCGUGAAGGACUUGACGUACGAAGAAGAUUUCAGCGUCGAUUCGGGCAGCAUCAAAGACGAAAUGGAGUACCUAGAGGGGGGGGAGCAUAGUAGGAAGGGAGGCCCGCGAAGGAACAGAGGUGAUAGUAGCGGAGGUAUGAAGAGGGAUAAGCCUGGAACUGCCUCAUGUGAGAAGAAAGCGGAGGUGGGGAAAGGGGAGGUGGAGGAAGAGAAGGGGAAAGAACACACGGCGACGAAGGAAUCGGAUGAAGUGGAAGCGAUAAAGGAGGACAUCAGAUCGCUAAGAGAUGCCAGAAAAAAAUACGUAAAAAGGAUUAGGAGAAUAAACGAGCAAAUUCUGUUGAUUCUGUGCAACGAAAAUAUGGUGCAAAGUAUAUUUAAGUGUGCCAAUUUAGAUAAUGAAAAAAUCCGAGUGUAUGCAUGUCUGAUUUUGUCAUACGUACCUAAUAUCAGCGAGAUGGUGGCGUGUACGUCCGUUACCCCAGGGGGAGGAGGUAGCAGUGGUGGGUACCUGAAGGUGUGUAGUGAGGACGGGAUGGGUGCGAGCACUAACAAUAGUUUUCACAUCGAGGGGUCAGGAACGGCAAUGCCCAUUCAAGAGGUGAAUCAGGGAGAGUUCGCCCCGAGCGAGAAGGUAGGGAGGCAGCCCGUAGGAGGGCAGCCGCUAGGAGGAGGGCCACCGCAAGCAGGAGGAGCACCGCAAGCAGGACAGCCGCUAGAAGGAGAGGACAUCUGCGUGGUGGUAAGCCCAGACGUCAUGUUGGCGAAGAAGAACAACAAGAACUUUGUGUGUAGCGUCGAGGGAGAUUAUUACGAUUACAUAUAUAGGUUCGAAAUUGUGAGCACUCUGCUGAGGUACCUGUUUAGAGAGACGUCUUUUUACGACAACAUCCUGCAGCAUGUGAAGAAAUUCGUUGAGGAGCACAGGCACUUGGUGAAUCUGAAUAACUUCAAGAUCAGGCAAACGGAGAUGAUAAAUAUGGUGUCCUUUUUGGACAUGCGGAGGAACGUCGGCGGGGGGAGUGGCGACCGCGUCAGCAGGAGGAAGAAGCAUAGGCAGGCGCGGAAGGGGCGGAAGGGGCGAAGCGGAAGGGCUACUGGGAGGGACAUGAGUGUGGGGAGAGGUGAUGGCAUGAGCCUGCGAAGGGGAGAUGGCGUGAGCCGGCGAAGAGGCGAUGGCGUGAGCGAUUGUGAGGGGGACGAGGAGAAGGACCGGAUGAGCAGCCACCCAAAAUUGGGACGAGGAAUCGAAGGGGAGAGGAGAACCCACGGAGCAGCGGUGGGAGGUGUGACAUCCGUAGCGGGUGUAGAAGCGUCACCAACAGUGGAAGCCCCCCCAGGAGUAGCAGCCGCAUCGCCUGGAGGAGACGCCCUGGUACAGUACGAAACCAUCACAGAGGAGAAAAAAAACAACUACCAAUGUGUGCCAUACGAACCGUCGCAAAUAUAUGACCACAUGGAUUACGUGUUCCGUUAUGUGACGAAUCUGAGGAAACUUGGCUUACUAAAUAACUUAAUUGUGGAGCUGUAUAGUAACCUGAGGAGGAAGCUGAGGCAGAUAGAUGUGCAAUUCCUGUUAGAGGCGUUGAAUAGGAAGGUACAACAGAGGGAACAACUACGAAGGGAUAUAUACAGCUUGAAAGAAAAAUACGAGUAUGUGAAUGUAACGUAUAAUGAAUACGUUAAUUUACAAUACGAGACGAACAAGCAGAUGGGAGUGAUGAAUAAACUGGUGGAGGAGUUGGAAGAGAUAGACAAGAGACGAAGAAAAACGGCGAGGAAUCAUAAAGUAGUACAUACCAACGUGUGUAAUUAUAGGAAGAAAUUAAUUCAUGUCGAAAAAAUGAUUGAGGAAAGCCCCUCUAUAAAAAAAUGCCUUUAUGAGGAGGUGAAUAAUAUUAAAAGAAAUGUAGCUCUGUACAAGAAGGAUAAAAAAAAAAUCUCCCUUUUGAUUCUCCUCAAUAAGUUCUGUCUCGAUGACUUCAACACAGUUAGUAGCAAAUUGAAAUACCUGAAUACAUCGAUUGCAAACUUGGAACUCCUUUUUAAUGAAUUCGAGAAGAAUGUAAAUCUCAUCGUGAGUGAACUGAGCUACCUUAUCUGUAGCGACUUGAUUUUGGUGAAGCUCCUAGGUGACGUGCUUAACAUCACGGUGCACAAUGACAAUUUGCCUUAUUUUAUUGCUCGUUCCAACUGUCUGAGUAGCUUGAAUCAGAAUUCCCUGAGUGAGAAAACGCUACUUAUUGUAAAUCGAGACAGGGGUGGUUCUCCUGGGGAAAAGAAAAAUAUCUUCAACCUUGCGCAGUCUAGUGAAUUGAUGGGUGAGGAGGAGGACUAUGCUUACUACGACCCUCGUGAUGGGAGACGAUUGUCUCGGGGCGCCACGUUUUUGCAGAGGGGCCAGCACGCGGGAGGUAUGAUGAGUGGCAUGAGCGGUAUGAGCGGCGUGAGCGGCAUGGGUGGUAUGAGCGGCAUGGGUGGAAUGAGCGGCGUGAGCGGCAUGGGUGGCAUGAGCGGCAUGAACGGCAUGAACGGCAUGAAUGCGAACUCACUGCACAGCAGCGACAGCGAGGUGGGCCGCGCGACUGCGAAGCGAUUCGACCGAAGGAAGGCGGAAAAGACAUCCCAACAGAACAGGGGCCGCGCCCUCGGAAGCGAUGAGGAAGACUCGCUUUACCCUCAUGAGGGGAGCGAGUUGGACGGGCCGGCGAGCAGGAGGAGGGGUGGCGCGCUGCCGAUGAGUGCGCUCUACGACGACGAGGACCACAUGGGGGCGUUGCGUUACGGGCAGGCGCCCCCCGGCAGCGGGGUGAGCGCAGUGAGCGGUGUGAGCGGUAUUGACCGUGUUGACCGUGUUGACCGGGUCGGCGGUGUUGACCGCGUUGAGCGCGCUGACCGCGCUGAGCGAGGCGAGUUCCUGGCGCUGGGCAGCAGCAGCCUCCACGGCGCGCCCAACCGGCUGCGGGGGGAGGGCGCCAGGUACAACGACCUAGCGAGGGAACAGCUGCGCAGGCAGGGACUCCCGGGCAGGAGCGAGCAUACCUAUGACGAGGACGACGACGAGGGGGCGGAUGGACUGACGAGCGAGUUCCACGACAUGCAUGCGAUGCCCAACCCGGAGAGGAGGAACAUGGAGGGGAGGAGCCUGGGAGAGGAGGACCAACCUAAUGUAGACGAACUUGAAGACUUCGCAGACACUGAAUUCGUGUCGAGUGAUGAGGAGGACGCAGAGCUGAAGGAGAAAAUCAACGAGUACAACAGCUUUAAGAACAGAGAAGUAAAGAGGGUCCAACCGGAGGAAGUAAUCAUCGACAGCCACUCCCUCACGAGAGAGGUCUUCGAGCAGUUGCUUCAAAUCGUCAAAGCCAGGAAGAGAGAGCUCGAGAGUGUCAUGUCUAGUGAGAACAACCAGGUGUAUAAAAAUAUACACAAAUACAACACGCUGCUCAAUAAAUGCAACAUGCAAAUCGAGAUGCACAAGAAGCAGUAUGUCAAGGUGACCCAGCAGAUCGCAUCCAUUAACACGAGCUCCAUGGUGAAGAAGUCGGAGUCCAUUUACAAGGCCAUCCGGGAAUGGGACGACAAGGUAAACCUGCUGAACGAAGAAGUGAAGCUGGUGGAAAGCGAGAAGAAGGAGAAGCAAAAGGAAAUCGCGUUGCAUAAGAAAAAGCUAGACAAAAAGGAGAAGGAGAAAAACCAAAAGAAGGAGGAACUGAGACUCUUGGUCACCGAUAUGUAUAAGCAUAACAAUCAGAUCAAAAAGAGAUUUAAAAGAGAGCAGAAGGUCUUACUCCUCGUACUGUAUAACUCCUGGUUCAUGUUCCAUUACAUCUAUAUCGUUUAUCUUAAUACACUCAGACUUAAGAACUACUUGUUGUAUAAGCACAGCAUUAGUGAGGAGUGUCAGGCCUCCGCCAAGCAGACCAUCUCCAACAUCAGUCACUUCUCAGAGCUCCUUGACGAAAACGACUACUGA